UCCGUCAUAUGUCCCGCACUUUGUUGCUGCUCGUGCUUUGUCCCUCCACGCUGUUCCCGGUUAUUCGUUAUCACCACAUUCCCGGUAUUUUGCCGGAGACUGGUCGACGGCUCCACUGUUCCCGCCCCCGUUGCCGCUUCCUCGCUCCUCCCCGUAUCUCGCCUCCUAGGCUUCCCGCUUCUGCGCACCUCGACCGGGCCUAAGCCGUCCGCUUUCACUCGUUCACUUUCCCCUUGACGCGACCAGCAUGUCGGAGUACAGCGCGGUUCCCCCGCCCGGGGCUGGACCUCCCCUGGGCGGACAGCCUCCGCUGGGCGCGGGUGGCGGUCUGAAGAAGGACGCGUUUGCGGACGCCGUGCAGCGGGCCCGUCAGAUCGCAGCAAAGAUCGGGGGGGAUGCAGGGGGAGCCCCGCUGAACAACAGCGCCGCCCCAGAGGGCUUCCCCUACACAGCACAGAAGCGGCAGCUGGAGGAUGCAGAACAGCCAGAAAGUAAGAAAAUGGCUUCCCAGAGUGACCUUGACUCUGCCACUUCUCUAUCAAUCGGAGCCCAGCUGGCUGCCUUAGCACAGCAGAGACCGACGACCACCACAGAGGAGUACAGUGUCCCUGAUGGCAUGGUUGGGCUCAUUAUUGGCAGAGGAGGUGAACAAAUCAACAAGAUUCAGCACGACUCUGGCUGUAAGGUUCAGAUCGCCCCAGAUAGUGGAGGGCUUCCAGAAAGGAGUGUUUCCCUCACUGGGUCUCCAGAAUCCAUAGAGAAGGCAAAGAUGUUCCUGGAUGAGAUCGUGUCCCGAGGGAGGGGCACGCCUCCGUCCUCAUUCCACGAGUCCACCAAUGGGCAGAGCGGCUCGGUGCAGGAGAUGAUGAUUCCUGCUGGCAAGGCUGGACUCAUCAUCGGCAAGGGGGGGGAGACUAUCAAGCAGCUGCAGGAACGCGCAGGUGUGAAGAUGAUCCUGAUACAGGAUGGUUCCCAGAACCCAAAUAUGGACAAACCCCUGCGCAUCAUUGGAGAGCCGUACAAAGUGCAGCAAGCACGGGAGCUGGUGCAGGAGAUUCUGCGGGAGAGGGACCACCCGGGAUUCGGAGACAGGAACGAGUAUGGCUCCCGCAUGGGGGGAGGCGGCGGCGGCGGCGGCGGCGGCAUGGAUGUGCCCGUCCCCCGCCACUCUGUUGGUGUCGUCAUCGGCCGCAAUGGCGAGAUGAUCAAGAAAAUCCAGAAUGAUGCCGGAGUCAGGAUACAGUUCAAGCCGGAUGACGGCGUAGGGCCAGACAAGGUGGCACACAUAAUGGGUCCCCCGGAUCGCUGCGAGCACGCAGCUCGUAUCAUCGCAGACCUGCUGCAGAGUAUCCGUGCACGUGAAGAAGGCCAGGGGGGGCCCCCAGGACCCCCAGGCAUGCCACCAGGGAACAGGGGACGGGGCCGAGGCCAGGGUGGCUGGGGCCCUCCCACUGGCGAGGUCACCUUCUCCAUCCCUAGCCACAAGUGCGGCCUGGUCAUCGGCCGCGGGGGCGAGAACGUCAAGGCCAUCAACCAGCAGACGGGGGCCUUCGUGGAGAUCUCACGCCAGCUGCCCCCCAACGGCGACCCCAACUACAAGCUGUUCAUCAUUCGUGGCUCUCCCCAGCAGAUCGACCACGCCAAGCAGCUGAUUGAGGAUAAGAUAGAGGGUCCGCUUUGUCCUUUGGGUCCCGGUCCAGGAGGUCCCGGCCCAGCUGGGCACAUGGGGCCUUAUAACCCCAAUCCGUACAACCCCGGGCCACCAGGCGCCCCUGGUCCCCAAGGCUCAUGGGGCCCUUUUCCUUGCAGUGGGGGGCCCCCAGCUCCACAUCAGUACCCCCCUCAGGGCUGGGGAAACACCUACCAGCAGUGGCAGCCCCCCGGACCUCACGACCCCAGCAAGGCGGCUGCUUCAGACCCCAACGCGGCCUGGGCCGCCUACUACGCUCAGUACUACCAGCAGCCCGGUGGGCCUGUGCCCAGCCAGCCCCCCUCUGCACCUGCGGGGGCACCGGCGCCCAGCGAGCAACCCCAGGCUGCUCAGACCCCUGGUGGGCAGCCAGAUUACACAAAGGCCUGGGAGGAAUACUACAAGAAGAUGGCCCAAGCCGGCGGUACGGCAGCAGCCCCGGCUACUGGAGGCGCCCAGCCUGACUACAGCGCCGCCUGGGCAGAGUACUACAGACAACAGGCUGCUUACUACGGACAGCCGGGGGCCGCCACCCCAGGGCAAGCGGCCGCCCCGCAGCCUGGACAGCAGGCGCAGUGAAGAGGCACGGAUCCGAAUCGGAGGUAGGAGAUAACCACCAACGGCAUUCUGCAACCAGCCAGCAAUCUGGACACUUCUUCCUUUUUAUGUCUCUUUUUAUGUUUUUGAGCGAAGCUGUGCUGCCCCACCUUCCAGCAGGUGUCGGCCCUCGUCUUUUUCUCUCCUUCCACCUUUCAAAACACUUUUUAAGCAAAAUGUGAAAAGGACAAAAAUAUUUAAGAUUUUCAGGUGAAAAAAAUCUCCACGAUGCGUUGGCAAGCACCGUGUGCCCCUCUCCCGAUGUCAGUCAGGACCUUGAGCUCGCAUCUGAUUUACCCCCCCCUCCCCCUUUCUGGCAGGAUUCCCAUGAGGCGUAAACGGUGUGAUUUCUCCAUAGACAGUCUGUAAAAGUACUUCUGCUAGUCUUACUACUGCAUUUACUGAAACUCAGACCUGAUGACCCAAGAGGAUGUGACUUUGCUUUUAUGGCUUUUUAUUUUGAACGGUCCCCUUUUCACGAUGGAACAUUCCCAAUACUGGAGAAGGUAUUUUUCCAUUUUUCAUUAGAUUUUUUUUUUUUUGUGAGGUGUGUGUCUGUGGGUCUGUGUGUGUGUGGGUCUGUGUGUGUGGGUCUGUGUGUGUGUGGGUCUGUGUGUGGUCAGUCGCAGUACACAGGGAAAGACUGUUUUGUCUGUCUGCAUAUGGUGGUAUGUAUGUAUGUUUGCUGUUGUUGCUGCUUUAAUUACUGUUUUUUUCCCAGGGACAAGCUUCCUCCCCUCCCCUGUCUUUCUCUUCCUCCUCAGAGAUGUCACGUUAUCUAUUGUAUGCUUGGUUUUUACUUUUUACUGCUUGUUUUUAAGAACUUCACAAUAAAAAGAUGAUAUCUAGACA